AUGAAAACGGUAUUGGUGCAGGAAAUGGUCAGGUUUAACAGGCAAACGAGAAGUCGUGCGAUCUUCGCUUAUCAACAUACAGAAAGCUGUUAAGGUGAGUGAAACUUCAAAUAAAUUGAACAGCUAUUUUUAUAGAGUUCUUGUUUGAAGUUUUGACUAAACGUGAAGUAGAAUCUUUAUUCCUUUAAAGUCUCUAAGGCAGACCGUGGCCAUUGCGACGGGAAGUGUCUACGCGCCUUAUAGAGAGUCAGAGAAAAUGACUGAAAAUGACUUACUCUAGGUGUCCAAUGCAUAGAGGGUCAAAUAAGACAGGGACUAACUUUUGACGUCUAAAGAGAGUUGACUAUAUUACUGGACCCUCUCGAACUUGUCGCUGACUAAAAGCAGUAAAUACAGUUUCCCCUAAGGUGGAAAUAGUACGUCAGGUAACCUCUGUUAUUUCAAAUCAUUUUGCAUUCAUCUGUGUGCGAUAUUGGACGAUAUGUUGCACACUGCACUUGUGUCUAGGAAAUCUAACCGAGACAUAUUACCGUUUCCUCUUACCCCUCCUGGCCGGGUAUAUAUUUCGCUCCUUUUUCUAUGGGGUAGGCAACUUACAGGAUGUUGUUUUCGCUGCGUGUUUAAGAAUGGGACUCACUAAGCCGGUUUACCCGACCUUUUAUGUGAUCCCUAAACAUUGCUCCACAGGGACUAGUUGUUAUGUCCUCUGAACUAGAGGAGGUAGCGAGCGGCAUCCUUAAAGGCAAAAUCCCUGGUCUGUGGAUGAAGAAGUCCUACCCAUCUCUUAAACCACUCGGCAGUUACAUCAAUGAUCUGAUUGUUCGCCUCAAGUUUCUUCAAGCGUGGUAUGACAUUGUCACAAUGGAGUGCCUCCCGUGUUCUGGGUAUCUUGUUUUUUCUUCACUCAGGCCUUCUUACCAGGAUCAAAGCAGAAAUGCGCCAGAAAAUACAGCAUUCCUAUUGAUCUCCUAACGUUUGACUUCGAGGUUCUUGGCGACAAUAAUUACGAAACUCCACCCGAGAACGGUGUCUAUGUUAAUGCCUUGUUCAUGGAAGGCUGUCGAAGGGAUCGAGAAAAGAGAGUGAUUGGAGAGACGCACCCGAAAGCUUUGUAUGAAGCAUGCCUGUUUUGUGGCUCAAACUUUGUAAGAAGGAAGAGAUUGUUGACCGGCCGCAUUAUGUCGCCCCUGUUUAUAAAACAAAAGAGAGGAGAGGUACGCUCUCUACCCAGGCCACUCCACUAA